CUUCAACAAACCUGAAGAUCCAUAAGAGAACUCACACUGGUGAUAAACCGUACAGAUGUGAGCAGUGUGGAGUACGUUUUGCGCAGCAAAGUUCUCUAAUGAGUCACCAACGUAUUCACACUGGAGAAAAGCCUUAUAGAUGUGAUCAGUGUGGAGCGGCUUUUGCCUGGAAAAGUCACCUGAAGCAACACCAACUUAUUCACUCUGGAGAAAAGCCUUACAGCUGUGAUCAGUGUGGAGCGGCUUUUGCCCAAAAAAGUCACCUAAAGAGUCACCAACGUAUUCACACUGGAGACGAGCCUUACAGCUGUGAUCAGUGUGGAGCGGCUUUUGCCUGGAAAAGUGCCCUAAAGCAACACCAGCUUAUUCACUCUGGAGAAAAGCCUUACAGCUGUGAUCAGUGUGGAGUGGCUUUUGCUCGACAAAGUUCACUAAAGAGUCACCAGCUUAUUCACUCUGGAUUCAAGCCUUACAGAUGUGAUCAGUGUGGAGCGGCUUUUGCUCGACAAAGUUCUCUAACGAGUCACCAACGUAUUCACACUGGAGAAAAGCCUUACAGAUGUGAGCAGUGUGGAACGGCUUUUACCCAACAAGGUCCGCUAAAGCAACACCAGCGUAUUCACUCUGGAUUCAAGCCAUACAGAUGUGAUCAAUGUGGAGCGGCUUUUGCCCACCAAAGUUCUCUAACGAGUCACCAACGUAUUCACACUGGAGACAAGCCUUACAGCUGUGAGCAGUGUGGAGCGGCUUUUGCCCAAAAAAGUCACCUAAAGCAACACCAGCUUAUUCACUCUGGAGACAAGCCUUACAGCUGUGAUCAGUGUGGAGCGGCUUUUGCCCAAAAAAGUCACCUAAAGCAACACCAGCUUAUUCACUCUGGAGACAAGCCUUACAGCUGUGAUCAGUGUGGAGCGGCUUUUGCCCACAAAAGUUCUCUAACGAAGCACCAACGUAUUCAUACUGGAGAAAAGCCGUACAGCUGUGAGCAGUGUGGAGCGGCUUUUGCCCAACAAAGUUCUCUAACGAGUCACCAACGUAUUCACACUGGAGAAAAGCCUUACAGAUGUGAGCAGUGUGGAGCGGCUUUUGCCCAACAAAGUAACUUAAAGCAACACCGGCUUAUUCACUCUGGAUUCAAGCCUCACAGAUGUGAGCAGUGUGGAGCAGCUUUUGCCACAUCAAGGCAUCUAAGGCGACAUCAAAGUAUUCACACUGGAUAAAAAGUGUACAUCCCUGAUCAGUACUGAUAUCAUUUAUUUUUAAAGUUCAGUUAAAAUGCACCAGUUUAGUUAAUUUAGUUACCAGGAAACUGGACCAUAUUACACUGGUCAUGAAAUCGCUACACUGGCUUCCAGUGAGUCAAAGGAUAGAGUUUAAAAUCAUACUCAGGGCUGUACGCUUAUUUUUUUGAAUGGUAGCACUGGUGCUAGCAAGUUAAAAAACUUUAGUAGCACAAAUAAAAAUUUACUAGUACACCCGGGUGGACAGUUAGUUAACCUGUUUAUUGUGAAAUCCAUGUUAUAUUCAUCAGAACUUCAUUUACAUGUUGAACAGCAAAUA